CUUGCAACAGAAGGCCGUGAGUCAGAUUUCAGAAACCGAAGCACAGGAAGGUAGGAAUUAUGGCGGAUUGGGGCCCAGUUUUCGUGGCUGUGGUUCUGUUUCUUCUACUAUCUCCCGGCCUUCUGUUUCAAGUUCCCGGCCACCAUCAUUUCAUCCAGUUCGGCAACUUCCAAACCAGCGGCGCCUCCAUUUUCAUCCAUUCCCUCAUCUUCUUCGCCCUAAUUUGCCUCUUCACCUUCGUCCUUCAACUUCACAUCUACCUCUAAUCCUCCCUAAUCGCAAUCGCAAUCGCAAUCGGAUCGCGAUUCUUCGAAAUUCCAGGUAUAUAUUCUCUGUUUCUUCGUUUGAUUCUGCUUGUGUUUCUUACUGCUCUGUCUGCAACUCAUCUUCGAAAUCUCGAGAUCGAUUUCAUGUUGCUUUUCUGUUUAACGGAUUCGGCGAAGCCAUAUUGUUGUAAUUUGUGUUAGUUUGAAUGAUUUCAGUAUUCACAGUCAAUUGAUUCCUAAUCCAUGUGAUAUAUUCCAGAUUUUGGAUUCA